AUGAAUCGACUGUUAUUUUUGACUUUGAUCUGCUGUGCUCUCACGAAGAUCGUCUCAUCAAUUCAAUGUUAUGGGGGCACUGACACGGAAUGCAUGCUUUUACCAGACAUGCGUGACUGCGGCGAUGGCGAAGCAUGCCAAUGCGCCAAAUAUUAUUUUCAAUGCACCCAAGGAGACGGAGCAUGUUCUCAAAAAGAACAAUCAGCCGGUAUUAUGAAAUGGGCAUACGCACCUCUCGGCAAGAACAUGUGCAUUGAGAUGCAGAAAUAUCGUAACGUGUAUAGAAAUCUAACCUGUUGUGGAACUAAUGGAUGCAAUCGACCAGCUAAUGCAAAAUGUUCAUUGUUUCAAAGUCGAAGACGAGCUCUUCGUAAAUUGACCAAACUUCUCGAUUUCGAAUAG